AUGGGCCCUUGGUGGGAAGAGCUCGCCUCGCUGUCCCAUUCAAGAACCGGUCACACAGCAGUGGAAGUCAACGGCAGCCUCGUGAUACACGGAGGGUACACGAGACAUCCCUUCCUUAUUGAUCAUAUCGAUGUCUGGCAACUCAUGUUGCAGAGCGGACCACCCUAUAGGUGGCAGGAGUUGACGACAUCUGGGUUGCGGCCCAAAAGACGGGCACAUUCUGCGGUGAUGCUUGGUGAGAAGAUGCUAGUGUUCGGUGGACACUAUGAUUCUGACCGUUACAUAUCUAGUGGCUUCUACGCUGGCUUCUCGAUACAAGUAUAUCCGAACGGACUGUGGCAGCUGACUUUUCUCCAGGAUGGCUCGGGCUCUUGGUCUGAGCUUAGCACUUCUCAGCGUCGCCCACCAGGAAGGUCCCACCACACGGCCGUAACCGUCUCAGAUGGCUCCAUGCUCGUGUUCGGAGGUUUCUACUGGCAGCCGGAACAGGCAGAGAAGUACAUGUCCGACGCUUGGCGGUUUCAGCUGGACGGUGAGAGCUCGGGCAUCUGGGAAAGCCUCUCCACCAAUGGAGGCCCCGAGGCAAGGUGGGACCAUGCUGCAGUGGGACUUCUCGACGGCUCAAUGCUCAUCUUUGGGGGCAGGGCCUCGACAGGUAUCCACUUCGACGACAUGUGGCUGUUGAGCCUGAGCCAAGGCAGCACGCACGUCUGGUCAGAGCUGAGAGUUGCUGGCGCCCGGCCCCCUCCGAGGUUCGCCAUCAUGGACCGAGCUGGAGUUGUCCUCGGCGGAGCGGAGAGCUGGAAUGGGACGGCGUGUGCAGCUUGUGACGCUGGGUACAACAGCCCGGGAUGUUCCACCUUCUGCGCAUUGGUCGUCUCAAGUAUGGACGUACCUCAUUUGCAAGUGACCCUGGAUGGCUUCGGUCUCAUCUCCAUGUCUUUGGCUCCGUCCACGUUGCCCGCGAACAUCUAUGAGACCACGGUUCGGUUUGUGGUCGACGUGGCUGAGAACUCGUCCAUCUUGAGCUGGGCGCCCGGCAGUUGCAACGAGCAAUGGGAGCGAAACAGCGACCUACUCCAGCUUGUCACGAACUACACGGGACGUGAUGUUGGCCCGUGCAGGCUUGAUGAGAGUAUGAACGAGAGCACGCUUAUCCGAGCUGGCGUCUUGGCGAUCUUCAUGGUGGCGACUUCCGGUGGGGGGGAGCUUGCUGCGGCGCAAUGGAACAUCCCCGUGCAGCUCGACUUCCCCAGGGACGUCGUCGGCAUCUUCAGCACCGAGCUGACAGCCGUUGCGCUGAAGCAGAUCCAAGGGUUCAAUGUGCACUUGGGGCAGUUUAGUUCCACACUCAAGCUCUUCCGAGCGGCUGAGUUCAAGGACGAGCGAACCGUGGCCGUAUUUCAGUCGACCCAGCAUGCUUUUGCAGAGCAGCGCCUGGUGGGAGAUGGGCUGCACCUUUCGUUCCUGCGAGCUUGGCUCUCCGACUCAUCAGCCGCAGAAGCCAGUGCCAUCCACACGCUGGAUGCCGAAGUGUUGCAGGAAGGGCUUGGGGGCGUUGUGCGCAUCAAGGCUCAGAUGAUGGUUUGCCCAGAUUGCUACCUCCACAUCUUGAGCAAGGUCGAGAUGACAGGCAGUCGACUCUUGGAGGAACACUACUCUGCGGACUACAUUGCCGUUCAAGUGCCAACUCCACAAGCUUCGAUCGUCCAGGAUGCCGAGACUCCAUGGACUCCGAUCCUCAUCACCGCAGUGGGCCUCGUUCUCGGCCUUCUUUUUCUCGGCCUUUACAUGUUCUUUCGGAAGCCUUCGAUAGCUUCAGUUCACCUGGAGACCAGCCGGGAGGUUCGUGCCACCAUGCAAAGAAUCUUGGCCAUGGCGCCUCCAGAGGAACUAGGGCAUGGUCGGGAUGCACGCGGAGAUGGCUACACGAAGCUGCGCCUGCAGGAUGUCUGGCGGGUGAAUUGUGGACUUCACGCAGCAAGCUUUGCAAAGGAGCGGAGAAAGACAAGGAGAAAGUUGGCGAGAGCCCGCCUCAAAGCACUGGGAGGACAGAUUCCCAUGGUAGCGGUUGAGUUGGAUGAGGUGGUGAAGGACCUCAAAGACAUGAUCAAGACCGACUCAAGCAUCAAUGAGACCAUACUCUUGCAUGGGACCAACACUACCGGGUUGGAGGCCCUUCUUCAUGAGGGGCAACUGGAGAUGUUUUUGGAUCCCCGCUUUACCAGCAGGGACGCGUUUGGUCGAGGUGUGUAUUUUGCCGAAAAUGUGUGCAAGACCGACCAAUAUGCCAGUCCUGGGCUAAAGCCGGAUGAUGAUGGCAGAAUCAAGAAGCUCCUGUAUGGCGAAGCAGCUGCCAGCAAGGAGAUUCACUUCGUAUUCGUCUGCCGAGUGAUCCUGGGGCUGGCAGGCUACACACAAAAGACGAAGCCUUGCCCGGCCAUGCAUGGCAGGGAGGCCACGACCCUUGCGAAGGAAGGGAUGAACCUCUUGGAACCAUCAGCAGCGCAGAUGGUCACCAUCCCCAACACCGAUCCUCCUCUCAGAUACCAGUCCUUGGUUGCGGAGACUGGUCACUCGAUCCUUCGGUUUCGAGAGUUUGUGAUCUUCGAGAAGGAUGCGGUGUUGCCGAUUUUCCUGGUGGCCUAUACGCGAGAGGCUGAGUGA